GAAGCAAUAGGAAUAUAGGGCACCAUCCAAAAUUAUAAAUACGUCGCACUUUUCAGGAAAACAAUAGCGUUGAAUUUCCGAAAACCCAAAUCUUCCUCCAGAUUGCAACACAAAAGUUAAUAUGUGAAUCCCUGCAAAUUACGGACUGUUUAUCUUUUCUGAUUGUUUGUGUUCCUCUCCCAAAAGGACUGGCUGUACAUGCAUACCAAUCGAUUUGAAAGGACAUUGAAUAUAAAGAGAAUCUGGGAAUUUUGCUUUUGCUUUCCCUUUUCUCUUCUCGACUUCUUCUCUGAUGGUAAUUGAGAAUGGCGGGUCGAGAAGGCGGCUACGUUGUGCCGGCGGAUGCUACGAACGCCGUGGCCGGGUUGAAGAAGAAGGGCGCCGGGUCAAGGAGCUGGAUUUUAAUGGAUUCUUCUGGCCACGAAAAUGUACGGGAUGUGGACAAAUAUGUGAUCAUGCAGCGCGUGCAGAUACACGCGCGUGAUCUCCGCAUACUCGAUCCCCUUUUGUCUUAUCCCUCCACUAUCCUCGGGCGCGAGAGAGCCAUUGUAUUGAAUUUAGAACAUAUCAAGGCUAUUAUUACAGCUGAUGAGGUGUGGCUUCGUGACCCAUUGGAUGAUAAUGUCAUUCCUAUUGUUGAGGACCUCCGUAGGCGUCUGAAAAAUGUGAACAUGAACCGCGAAGAUAUUAAGGACGGCAAUUUUACUGAUGUGAACAUGAACCGGGAAGAUAGCAAAGAUGGCAAUUUGGCUGUGCAAAAUGAUGUCGAAACAGCAGAAGAAGAUGAUUCACCAUUUGAGUUCCGGGCCCUUGAGGUAGCUUUGGAAGCCAUUUGUAGUUUCCUGGCUGCCCGCACGAUAGAACUGGAGACAGCUGUUUAUCCAGCUCUGGAUAUGCUCACAUCGAAGAUUAGCAGCCGUAAUUUGGAUCGAGUGCGUAAACUGAAGAGUCAAAUGACAAGGUUGACUGCUCGCGUACAAAAGGUGAGAGACGAGCUGGAGCAGCUUCUGGAUGACGACGAUGACAUGGCGGACCUUUACUUGUCAAGAAAGUUAGCAGGUGCAUCGCCAUUGAGUGGUUCGGGUGCUGCUAGUUGGUUCCUUGCGUCUCCUACUAUUGGCUCCAAGAUAUCGAGAGCUAGUCGAGCGAGUGUGGCAACAGUACGCGGAGAUGAAAAUGACGUUGAGGAACUCGAAAUGCUUCUUGAGGCUUACUUUAUGCAAAUUGAUGGCACACUCAAUAAAUUGACCACGCUGAGGGAGUAUAUUGAUAAUACAGAAGAUUACAUCAACAUUCAGCUUGACAAUCACCGAAAUCAGCUGAUUCAAUUAGAGCUCGUUCUCAGUUCUGGGACUGUGUGUUUAUCCAUUUAUUCAUUGGUGGCUGCAAUAUUUGGAAUGAACAUCCCGUACACAUGGAAUGACAAUCACGGAUACAUGUUUAAAUGGGUGGUUAUUGUUGCAGGCGCCUUUUGUGCAGUACUCUUUGGACUUAUAAUUUCUUAUGCUCGUUACAAAGGUCUCGUUGGAUCUUGAUUUCUUUAUCAGUCAGAUAUUUGUCAUUAAAAAACGACAGAAUUCCUCAUAGCAUGCAUUUUACUGGUGGUGGCCAAAAUUGUGAAUCGAUUAAGAAAAUCUGUUAUUCUUUAAUCGAUUAAUGAGGAUAUUAUAUUUUUCCAAGAUGUACACAUUUUACUUUUUCAUUUCAAUUCAACUGCGUGGCUGUCAAUGCGUAUUUUUGUCACCAUAAUGCAUUUCCUUGUUAACCAUAUGUGUUGAGAUGUUUUGGGAUUAUGUUGAGUUUGAUCAAGCAAUUGCUACGUUCUCAUUACUAAUCACUA